AUGGGGUUUGCUUUUGUUGAGUCUUCCAACGCCUCUUUCUGCUCUGAUGCGAGUCGAUCUGUCCCGAUCGCAGUUCUGAACCGCGUCUCUUCUGCCCCCCCACCCCCCCCUGCAGGCCACCAGGAGAACAAUAACUUCUCCUCUGUGAACAUCAACAUUGGCCCAGGGGUCUGCGAGUGGUUUGCUGUUCACGAGAGCUUCUGGGAAGUGAUCAGCGAUUUCUGUGAGAGUCACGGAGUGGACUACCUGACGGGGUUCUGGUGGACGGUGCUGGAGGGUCUGUACAGGGCAAACAUCCCAGUGUACCGGUUCAUCCAGCGAACGGGGGACCUGGUGUGGAUCAGCGCCGGCACGGUGCACUGGGUGCAGGCUGUGGGCUGGUGCAACAACAUCGCCUGGAACAUGGGGCCCCUCACCCAUAGGGGUCCGUGCAGAACUGCAGGAGCACCAUGGAGAACUUGUCCCGCUUUCUCUGGAGCUGGAUCAACAAACACAGAGAUGAAGAUCAAGCUCAGCAUUUCAGCUGUAGGUGUCACCCCCACUGCAGCCACUAGGGGGCAACGUGAGCUUAAAAACAAAAGUUUUGCAUUAUCAACCUAUAGAAUUAACACAUUUUGCUUCAUAAAGCUGAAUGAAACCUGCUGAAUAAUGUUACGUUAACAUAUUGAAUUACACACCGCUUUGUAGUUUCCCCCGAUAUACUUAACGAAAAACUGACAAAAAUUGAGACAGAGACUGGCUCAGUGACCACAACCUGGCCAUCGAAAAAGGCAGUCACAGGCAAACCUGGCUGGCCAGGGAGAACAGGCUUUGUGAUCACUGUGAGACAGGAGAGGUCAAGACAGAGAUUUACUUCCUAACACACUGUGAAAAAUAUAAAAACAUAAGGGCCAUUUUCUCCCCCAAAUUCGGCGAUACCCAGAAGCUGUCAAUCUUGCUGGUGGAAGACAAACACACAGCCAAAUACUGGCUGGUCAAUAUGUGGCGACCUGUCAUAGCCUGAGGGACAAACCGUGGACAUGUCACACUAGACAGGGAAAAGAAAGAAGGAUGGAGGGAGAGAUUCUGUUUAAUAUACAGGGAGUGAGGGAGGGGGGGAAAGGGGGGU